CCCACAAGGAAAGACACUCUUGCUCACUCUUUUGGAAAGUCUCUUGUUUUCCAGCUCUAAUUAGAAAUCAAUCUCUCUCUCACACACACACACAUACACACACACUUUGUAAUUCUAUUUAAUAACUUUUGUAUCAAGAUUCAUUAUUGUUAACUGAAAGCAAAUUGAGAGAGGGGAGGGGAUGGGGAGAGGAAAGAUAGAGAUCAAGAGGAUAGAGAACACAAGUAACAGGCAGGUCACUUACUCUAAAAGAAAGAAUGGAAUCAUCAAGAAAGCUAAAGAAAUUACUGUUCUGUGUGAUGCUAAUGUCUCUCUUGUUAUCUAUGGCUCUUCUGGCAAGAUGUAUGAGUACUGCAGCCCCAAAACCAACUUGAUUGACAUGCUGGAUCGGUAUCAAAGGCUUUCUGGAAAUAAGUUGUGGGAUGCUAAACAUGAGAAUCUGCAGAAUGAAAUUGACAGAAUCAAGAAAGAGAACGAGAGCAUGCAAAUUGAGCUCCGGCACCUGAAAGGGGAAGACAUAACUUCUUUGAACUAUGAAGAACUAAUUGGAUAUGAAGAUGCACUUGAAAAUGGUCUGACCAACAUUCGUGAGAAAAAGGAUGAAAUCCCCAAAAUCAUGCGAAAACGCGAACAAGUUCUUGAGGAGGAGAAUAAGCAUCUCAUGUAUUUGGUCCAACAAAGUGAAAUGGCAGCCAUGGGAGAUUACCAACAACAUGAACCCUUUUCAUUCCGUGUCCAACCAAUGCAGCCAAACUUGCAUGAGAGGAUGUAGUAAUAUAUGCAUUUAUGCAAAUCAUGUUGCGAUAAGGUUUGUAAUACAUUAACUAUGGAUGUGUUUUGGUAGGUGUGUCGUCAAUAAUGGUGCGCUCUUGGGCGUGUGUUGUUUCUUGUAACUUUGUGUUGUGAACUCAUGAUGAUGGUCAUGUAUCCAAAUUGGUAUCUAUCUAUCUAUAUAACCAAGUAUGUAAGCGUGAUUUAUAACA